CGAGUUACCAUUGCAGAAAUCUCACCGUAUCGAAGCCUCUCAGAAUUUAGGGUAUUCCUUCUGUCUUGGCAUUCGAGUUGGUUUUUUGUCGAAACGACUCGAUUGGCAGACUUGGGGGCGAAAAUACAUCGUAGGGCUGGUUUUGUGUGACAAUACAUAUUCUAGCUGUGGUCGGCCAUGGAAAGGAUUUCAUCUCAUCCGGUCUUCAACAGACUGGGUCUUCUAUGUUCUGGAUUUAUAGUAAACCAAGUGAAAUACGGGGAGGUUUGCCACCCGAUGUGAAGUUGUUUGUGUGGUCUUUCGUCAUGUAACAUCCACACGGCAUUACAAUUGCUACCGAAUAAUACCUGAGUUCUUUUUUCUUUUUCCUUCUCUCCGGUCUUAUACACGCACUCGUCCACUUCGUGCUGAUUCUUUCACCACGCUCGUAUCUGUUGUCCGAUCAUUGAAGUAUUCAGGUUCCGGUCAUACUUGUGGGGGGCGGCCCGUGUGUAGGACUCCCGAUAAACCCCUUUGGUCUUAUUUCAUGUCUUUCCACAUCCUGGUAAUUAAUGAUAGGCGGUAGCUAAGCUACCCUGCCGGUUACUUUUUUACUUUUUCGAACUCGAACUUCAAUGGAAGUUUGAUUUACGUUGUGGCUCUCACUGGAAUUUUAGAUGUUGAAAUGGCCGACUCUGGCGGGUUGACUAGUCGGCCUUCGAUCCAAUCUCGACUGAGCCAGCAGUCAAUACCGAGGAAAUUAGCCUCAUCGCCAACAAUGUCUAUUCACCGUCGUAUUGGUAGCGACGACAUUUCUCUCAGUUCUAAGUCUCAAGGCAACGAUACCCCCGGCUUCACCCGACCUACCUCUGUGUCGCCUGAAUCGCAGCAACGUCUUCCCAUCAUGGGAACAUUCGGAACGGCUGGUUCUUCGACGACGACGACACCGGUAACGAAUUGGAUUGACGAUAGCGACUUGGGCGCUCGGUCUCUUACAGCGUCACCACAGAUGAUUUCGGAGUUUUCCCAAGUUUACCAUAGACCCGAUAGCGUCCCAAACUCGCGAGCUCCUUCGACUCAUAUCCCGAAAUCCAAGCCGGCUCCGAUGCAGUUUGAAGAUGUCCCUAUGGACUAUCAAUCUCCUGCUGGGUCCUCGCAACCGAUGUUUUCACCACGAGAGCGCUUUCGGCAUAGCCGCACGGACUCCGGCGCAAAACUCUUGAACACGCCAAGUACGACAGCAUGGAGGAGUCCGCGAACGCCGCCUCCUUACACGGCCGUUGUGCAACCUAGAAAGUGGUGGCAUUGGCGGCCUGCAUGGUUUAUGUACGUGGCCUUCUUCUUUGGUGUAGCUUGCGCCAUUGGCCAUCAUAUUUUUUACAAUACCCUAAGCGGGAAGCCCGCGAAGGACCAAAUUGCUAUGCUCCGAUACGGUACGGUAUUGGCGUUCGCAGCAAAAGCCGGUCUUGUAGCCUCCGCGGUAGUUGCUUUUAGGCAGCGGAUAUGGGUUACCGUUAGGAAUAAGUUUCUAAGUGUGGCUGCUCUAGAUUCCCUUUUCGCUGCAACAGAGGAUGUGUCAGCUUUGCUCAAUGUUGAAAUCUUCAAACGAGCCAAGAUCGCCGUGUUCUUAGCGGCGUUCGUCUGGUUAACUCCCAUAGUAAUUAUACUGACGAGUAAUACUCUUACCGUCGAACCAACUUUACAAGUUGAUAACACCACAUGUCCCGGUAUCCGAACUUUGAACUUUACACGAGACGAACUAGAGGAAUGGAGAACCCCUACCAAAAUCGAUGGCUGGUAUGGUUUGUCCAUGUCACUUUGGAACACGACGUCUCUGGAUACCAGCUCGCCAGACUGGUUCGAUUAUUAUACUGCACCCACCAACCCUUUAUAUCGCGUUGCAACUCAGGCAGCCUACUCAGGGCAAGCCGUCAGUAAGACUAGUGGCAAUAUAGACGUCUGUGGUUCCGGUUGGAAUUGCACAUAUACCAUCAACUUCACAGCGCCAGCUUACAAAUGUUCAGAGCUGGCGAGUGGUGUUGGCUCAGCAGUCAAGCCUCUUGGCAACCAACAACCUCCCAAUGGCUUUACCACUGAUCUCAUCAUUCCUAAAGGUGAUUAUAGUUAUUAUGCCUAUACUGGCGGCGGCGACUAUUCCAAUCAGCAGAUGAAAGAUACCGGGGGCAGCGGUAUACCAAGUACUAAGCCCCCGUUUCCCGAGACUUUGGGAGCAUUCCGUACAGAACCUGUUAUUUGGAUAGCCUACGCCGUAAGAAAGUACCCGAAUGACACACCGCCUGUAAAUAAGUCGGCGUCGGGUUGGAAUGAUGCCUUUAUUCCUAAGGUAGUCGGGUGCGAGCACUAUGAGGCUGAUUAUACCGUUUUGUUCAAUUGGACUGGAGGUCAACAGAUAACGAACGUGACAAAACGCGACUUCUUACACCCUAUCAUAGACACCACCUGGAUCCAGGGCAAGGACGCGAACGAUGGUACAAAUGACAACACUACAGCAACCCCGAAGAGCAAUUAUGUCUAUCCAAGAGACCUCCAUAAUUAUCGACGGGUAGCAGCAUUUCAUUCGAUGGGUAUACAAUUGCGGGACUUCGUGAACGGCACAAUAGAUUCGCAUCAACUUGACAACCCAAUAGAAAACACCAAGGCGGAUCAAACGAAACUGUUGAAUCUAAGGCAAGAUUAUUUCGCAUAUCCGAAUCUCGUGGAUUUGGUACAAGACUUUUACGAAGAUAUGAUACUUUCGUUAUUUUCCAACCAGCAAUUCGUGAGCGUCGUCUGGGCGGCGAAACCGAAUGCUUCAUCGGGGACAGUUGCUGGAGACGAAACCACCAAAUACCCAUGCAUGCGAUCUCGGUUAGAAAAUAGGUACGCAUACCACGUACGGGACUUAUGGAUCGUCUAUAGCAUUGCUAUUCUAUUGGCAAUAAUAGGUGUAGCAUUUGGUACCAUGGCAGUAUUAGAAAAUGAAGGAGUGCUUCGUACUACUCGUUUUUCGAGUAUAGUAGCAGCGACUCGAGGACCAUCGUUAGAAAAGCUUGGGUGGGUUGCAGCGGAUGACAAAGGCGAUCUUCCUUCGGACUUGAAGAAUCUCAAGGUUGGCUAUGGAAUUGUCCAUAGAGCGAGCGGUCUCGGAGUUGUGCAGGAUGACACGAGAUACCCCGAAAGAGUACCUGUAUGGGACAGCGGAGAUGUGCGGUACGGCUUCGGAUUGGAGGGUGAUGUGCGACAGUUGAGGACUCAGGCAAGAAGAGAGGGUAGUUUAUUCCGUCAAAUGUGAACAAUUUGUGCAUAGGUUAGAUAAAUACUGGGAUCAUGGAAAAUGGGAUAGGAAAGCAUUCAGAGCGCUAGGUAUGGGUUCAUUCGGUCUAGGUAUAUGGGUACGUAUAAGGGGUUACGGGCGUAUCUUACCAUUCAUUAAUUAGAGAUUAAUGCUUAAUGAUGAUAUUUUCAACCA